GUCACGUGAUCCUUUGUUUGUUGGAUCACGUGAUCUCUUGCAAGUUUGAAGGUGUGGCUGGUUCAAGAUGAAAUUCAGGUUUUGUGGAGACCUAGACUGCCCUGAUUGGCUCUUGGCUGAGAUCAGUACACUCUCAAAGCUAACAUCAAUUAAAAUGAAACAGCUUUGUGGUGAAGUCCUGAAGGAUCUUUUGACUGGAGACCUUAAUUAUGAACAAGUAGAGAAGUGGACUUCAGCAAGAUAUGAGGAGUCCGAUAUCAAAGCAGCUGUUGCAGCAUUAGCUUUUAUAAUGUCGAGUGCAGCAAAGUUCAAUGUUGAUAGUGACUCACUUGGUAAUGAACUACAGCAGCUGGGGCUGCCUAAAGAGAAUGUUGGGUCUUUGUGUAAAGUGUACUCUGAGAGUUUAGUCCAGCUCCAGGACUCACUGAAGGGAAGGAGUUUAAGAGUUUACAAAUUAGAUUCAGUGGAUUGGAGAGUUGACUAUAUACUGAGCUCAAGUAGUUUGCAAGAUAUUAAUGAACCAUCGGUUCAAUUAAAACUAACCUCCACAGCUGGUGAUUCACUGGCAUUCAGCGUUGAUGGAGACCAGUUUCGUGUAUUACUUAAAGAUUUAAAACAAGCUCGACAGUUAAUGGAAAAUCUUUAAUUGUUACUGAAUAUUAUAAUUAAUUAAUUAGUUAAUUAAUUGGGUGUGGUUAUUAAUAUUAAUAAUGUCA